ACCUCUAGCAACGUUGUAAACUGUCAUGGCAACUUGCAGUGGCUUGUCGCGUGCCUGUCGCGUGUAACAACAAUGCCCAAAAUAUGACGUUUAAAGAGCAAAGAUUACCCCGCUGCAAAGCGGGGGCGAGCUUGAUCAAAUACAAGCCGGUGUUUUCGUACGACUCCAAGUUCUUCCUCGUCCCCAGCGGUCGCUCGGUGAAGGUAUUCAGCUGCUCUAGCGGGGAGUGCGUUCGGACCUUCGGCAAGCACGCUGCUGAAGUCGUCGCCGUCGUCAGGAACCCCGAAAACCACGUCCAGGUUUUGAGUUGCUCGGAGGAUGGCGUGAUCAUCAAGUGGGAUCCUUCGGACGGAUCUGUCCUUAAGAAAUAUGAAGUUACGGCGCCUGCAUCCAGUGGAGGGAACAGGGAUGUGCUGGCCGGCUUUUAUGCACCACCAUCCGGCUCUGCCUGGUUUUGCCUUCGAGGGACACCAGGUGCUGGGUGGUGCAGGCUGGAGACGUGUCCCGCGGGAGACGACGAGGAGUCCAGGGUCCUCGUCGACAAGGUGUCGCUCGGCGGCGCCUCCCCUGUGGCCUUUGGCGGUCCCUCGUGCGGUCUGUACGCCGCCAUCCGCAAGGCCAGGCUGUUUGUCGGUGACUGCACAGCACCGGCGUCUCCGCUGAAAAAGUUCUGGUCAAAAGGGAAACAGAAUGGGGUCCACUUCACCUGUGUGACCUGCCAUCCCACCAUGAGGACACUUGCGACGGGAGACAGUCUGGGCUGCAUCACGAUCUGGCAGGGCCUAGAAGAGGGUGCUCCAACCAGAUCCGUGUACCACUGGCACACCCUUCCCGUUGCGGAUCUCGUCUUCUCCUCCACAGGCGGCUUCCUGCUAAGUGGGGGCGGCGAGUGCGUCCUUGUGAAGUGGGGCCUGGCCUCAGGGGACAAGCAGUUCCUGCCCCGCAUGGGGAUGCCCCUCUGCCGCCUGACCACCUCCCCCGACUCUGCCCACAUACUCACGGCCCACGAGGACAACUGCCUGCAGCUGCUGAGCUCUCAGCUGCGGGUGGAGCGUGUGGUCCAGGGGCUGGCCCGGAGCCCUUGCAGAGCGAGGCCCUGCCCGUUCCUCCUUCACGACCCCCGGUGGGACUCCCUGGUGCUCGGGGGACGCCCGGGGCACCUCCAGUUUUACCAGCUACAGCACGACAAGCAGCUCUUCAGCCUGGAUGUGGUGGGCCUGAACUACGUGACCCAGGAGAGGGACGGGGCUGUGGUAAACACGGAGGUGGCGCUGGCGUCCCUGGCAGGGGACUGGCUGGCCAGUGUCCAGCACUGGGCAGACGCCGACCUGGGCCCCGAGACGCGCCUCAAGUUCUGGCGUUUUGACCAUCCCCUCCAGAACUUUGUGCUGGACACGAGCGUGUACCAGCCCCACGGUGUGGAGGUGGUGGACCUGCAGCUGCGCCACCCGGCCAGCCCCGGCCAGGCGCCACUGGCCGUCACCGCGGGGCGGGAUCGCAGGUUCAGGCUCUGGGCCCCUCAGCACCCGGAGGAAGACCGGGCUGCUGACACACCCGACACUCCUCGAAGCGGUGCCCCGUCCCGGUCGUGGAACUGCGUGGCCAGUGGCCGAUACCGGGACCUGCAGCCCGGACGCUGUGCCUUCUCCGAGGACGGGUCCCUGCUGGCCGUGGCCUUCGGCCGGUCGGCCACCCUCUGGUCCGAGGAGUGCCGCCUCGUCGGGUCCCUGGCGCACCCGCACUGCCCCUCGCAGCUGGGGUCCUUGGCCUUUGGGCGUGGCUCCUCCUGCUGUCUGCUCCUGAGCUGCACCGAGGCGAGGCUCAUUGCCUGGGAUGUGGUUUCUCUCUCAGUGUUGUGGGAGCUGGAGAAGGCUGUGACCUGCCUGGUGACAGACCCCUCCUCCGAAUUUGUGGCUGCCUUCUGUGAGGGCGCUAAGUUGCUAGUGUUUGAGCCCCAGAGGCGGGCUGCGACGGUAGAGUGCGACGUGCCCCCGUCCUGCCAGCCCGUGGUGUCGGCUAUCUUUGUUCCGGAGACCAAAAGUCCCGUGGCAGCCGGAGGCCACCAGAGACCCUUGUCUCGACUUUGCUUCGUCAGCGCCGCUCAGGAACUUUUUACAUGGGACGAGGAGAACAAUGAAGAAGAGGGACAAGACGCAACGGUCAGGCUGGAGGAGCUGGUGCCUGCCACCCCAUUUGGCGUGCUGGUGGCCCAGCAAACGAAGACCGCCAUGCAGGCAGCAGCGGGGGCUGCGGGGCAACUCCAUUCGAGAGUGGGGGCGGUUGGCUUCAAAGAGGUGCACCAGCUCCUAGAAGUGGCCUCCCACACCCUGCCGUCCAUGACGAGCCUCUACCAGAACUUCCUGUCGGCAUUCCUGAGCAAGACCGACACCCCGGGCAGCCCUCGUGCGGAGAGCGACGAGGACGAGGACAUAGUUGAUCAGGAUGCGGGGUCCGACUCCGACAUGGAGGUGGAUCACGAGCCUUCUCAGAAGCUGCCUGAGGAGGAGGCCUCAGCAGAAGCUCCUGUGGCUCAUGCCACAACGAAGAAAGUAAAGUUGGCAAAAGCAAAGCAUUUUGCCUGGCUAAGUGAGACGACAAAGUCCUAACCACUUCACUAAUGCCCAUUGUCAUGACUUAACAACACAAAAUCCGUAUUAAAGAUAUUUAAAUUCUUCUA